AUGAAGGCUUCUCCAGUCAUGUCGAUGAAAGAGAUAUCACUGUGCAUCCUUACAGUAAUGCUGGCUCGGAGCAAUGACCAAGUUUACGGAUCUGAUGACACCUAUUGUCCAGUUGAAAUUCAAGUUAAAAGAUACUCCCAGUACAAAAUUAAUCUCGGGAACUCUUUGAUUAUAGACUGUCCAGUUCAUUACUGCAAGAAAACGCCAGUCAUGCAGUGGUGCAAGUUAGAGGUGGAUACAUGUGUGCUGCUGAAGGAGGGCAAAACAGGAUGGAAGUCCAAUGUGUUUACUCUGCAGUUUUUCUCCAUUCAUCAGAAUGACAGCGGAACUUAUCGAUGUCGAGCAAUAGAGGACAACUUUUCCAGCGAGAGCCACGGAAUAAAGGUUAUUGUUGAAGAAAGCCCUGCAAACAUUGUCACGGUUUCGCCAGAAAAUACCACUAGUAUCACAGAAGAGUCCCAAGAAUCUGGAAACCGCAAGAUAUUGCACAUUAUUUAUGCUUCAGCGUCUGUGGGUCUAUGUUGUCCAUUCAUCAUCAUAUGCAUGUUUUGGUGUCUGAGGAGGCACCAUGCAAAGCAAAAGGGAAGUCCAUUAACAACACAGAGACAAGAGAGCCCGGUGAGAAGUCCAGCAGCUGCUCUAUCCCACGCUACUGGGACAACUCAAGCUUCAGAAGAAAGCUCCUCACUUUACUAUUGCUCCAUGGCUAGCCCACUGCAGGCCUUGCACAGCAACACAGUUUACGACAAUGAUGUUCCUCCCUGGAACGUGCAGAGGACAGCACCUAAUGCACCACACGAUGGUCCUGCUAUUCCUUCCAUCCCAGUUUUACUUGAAAGCCCGGAUGUCCUCACAUAUGCUGCAAUAAAUCAUGCUGCUUCUGCAGAAAAAUGCCAGAGAAGGGAACUAACUGUAGAAAAUGAAUUUACAGAAUAUGCCUCCAUUAAUUUGAAGAGGAAGGAUGUACUAGGUCUCACACUGUACGUAACACACCGGAUGAUUUGCACUCAAGUUAAUGGAAGAAAGUCAGGCUCCUUUGUCUUCAUAUUUGAUCUUGGUAUCAUUCCAGCUAACAUCAAAGCUGUUAAGCACAUGCACCUUGAUAUUUUGGUAUCAGAGAGGGAAAUGGAGCAGCCAGAUGGACAGUGUGUCCAGAUAAGCAAGAAAAUAGCACUCUUCAGGCAGAAUCCUUUGCAAGGAGCGACCAGUAAGGGUCAUGACCAGGACAGAGAGGAACAAGGGUUCAGGCAAGCCUGGACACGGAAGGACAUAAUCAAGAAGAAAGGAGCUGAAAUCAGAAACACUUUAUAA